AUGGGAAAACUGAGCAUAACACAAGUUUUUCAUCACAAGAAUCAUCACAAGACUUUGAUUUCUGCUUGGACCUGCUUUCUGUCAUUUGGCUUGUGGCCAAACACACAGUAUGUGCAGCUGUGUACGGGGCUCCAGGGCUCUGGUCCCUGCCAUGCUGCCGAGGCUUCUGCAACCACACACGGGCUACGGACUCAGUGGCAGGACGCUGUGGACCUCUCCCUCCUGGAGGGCUGGCAAUUGGCAUAUCACUUGGCCCGUCUGGGUUGGACUGAUAUAGUUCUUCUGGAGCAGGGCAGACUUGGCGCUGGAACAACCAGACUGAGUGCAGGCAUAGUUAGUGUUGCAAAGCCUAUUUCCAUAGAGUGUCACAUGGCAAACUAUUCCAACACUCUGUACAGGCAGCUUGAAGAAGAGACGGGGGUUAACACAGGGUAUGUGAAGACUGGAUCAUUGUGCCUUGCCCAAAAUCAAGAUCGAUUCAUUUCUCUGAAACGUUUGGCUUCCAGACUCAGAGUAAUGGGCAUCAACUGUAACAUAAUCAAGCCAAAGGAUGUCACCAAACUCCAUCCACUCGUAAACAUCCAUGACUUAGUGGGAGCUCUCCAUCUUCCAGACGACGCAGUGGUUUCUUCUCCUGACGUUAAUCACGCUCUUGCUGUGGCAGCUGCUGGACACGGAGUCCAAAUUCUGGAACGAACCACUGUCCAGCAAGUAGUGGUGGAGAAAGGACAGGUGGUGGCUGUUGAGACCGAUCGAGGCUCCAUCGAGUGCGAAUACUUUGUCAAUUGUGCAGGACAGUGGGCCUACGAGCUCGGACAAGCCAGUGAGACCAAAGUGUCUAUUCCUCUUCAUGGAUGUGAGCAUUUUUAUCUCCUGACCAAACCCGCUGCAGAUCCAGUCCAGUCCAACACCCCGGUCAUUCUUGACAUGGAUGGGAGGAUUUAUGCUCGACCGUGGCAGGGAGGAAUACUCUCAGGAGGGUUUGAGAAGAAUCCAAAACCCAUUUAUACUGAAGGUCGCAACCAGCUGGAGAUCCAGAACAUGCAGGAGGACUGGGACCACUUUGAGCCGAUGCUGAGUGCACUUCUGAGGAGAAUGCCCAGUCUAGAGUCUGCAGAAAUCCAGCAGCUGGUCAACUGUCCAGAGUCGUUCACUCCUGACAUGCGCUGCCUCAUGGGGGAGACUCCCAGUGUGUCCGGGUACUACGUCCUCGCUGGAAUGAACUCGUCAGGGGUGGCUUUUGCUGGAGGAGCCGGGAAGUACUUGGCUGAGUGGAUGAGUUAUGGAUAUCCCACGGCUAAUGUGUGGCCCCUGGACAUCAAGCGCUUUGGGAACUUACAGAGCAGCAGAACCUUCCUGCGACACAGAGUCAUGGAAGUCAUGCCUCUUCUGUAUGAGCUGAAGGUUCCUCGAUGGGACUUCCAGACGGGGCGUCAGCUCAGGACCAGCCCUUUGUACGACCGUCUGGACACACAAGGCGCUCGGUGGAUGGAGAAACAUGGCUUUGAAAGACCCAAAUACUUUGUUCCUCCAGGAAAAGACCUUCUCUCCCUGGACCAGAGCAAAACCUUCUACAAACCCGACUGGUUUGACAUCGUAGGAGCUGAAGUGAAGUGCUGCAAAGAGGCCGUGUGUGUCAUCGACAUGUCGUCCUUCACCAAGUUUGAGCUCAGUUCAACAGGAGACCAAGCCCUGAUGCUGCUUCAACACCUCUGUGCCAACGACCUGGAUGUUCCGGUCGGACACAUCGUACACACCGGGAUGCUGAACGAGAGAGGGGGCUACGAGAACGACUGCAGCGUGGUCCGAGUCAGCAAGAACAGUUUCUUUAUAGUCUCCCCAACAGACCAACAAGUUCACUGUUGGUCCUGGAUUAAAAAACACAUGCCCAACGAUCCACAUCUGCACCUUGAAGACGUCAGCUGGAAGUACACAGCUCUGAAUUUGAUUGGACCACGUGCGAUGGAUGUACUGGCAGAGUUGUCGUAUGUUUCAAUGACACCUGACCACUUCCCUUCAAUGUUCUGUAAGGAGAUGAGUGUGGGAUAUGCUAAUGGGAUCAGAGUAAUGAGCAUGACUCACACUGGGGAGCCAGGCUUUAUGCUGUACAUUCCUAUUGAGUACGCCCUUCAUGUGUACAAUGAAGUGAUGUCAGUCGGACAGAAAUAUGGGAUUCGUAAUUCUGGAUACUACGCUCUGCGUAGUUUGAGAAUUGAAAAAUUCUUUGCCUUCUGGGGUCAAGACCUGGAUGCCUUCACUACUCCACUGGAGUGUGGACGGGAGUUCAGAGUAAAGUUUGAUAAGGACACAGAUUUUCUUGGUCGUGAAGCUUUACUCAAACAGCGACAGGAAGGUGUGACUCGACGGUUCGUUAUGCUCGUUCUUGACGACCAUGACACAGAGCUGGACCUGUGGCCCUGGUGGGGGGAGCCCGUCUAUCGUAAUGGUCAGCUGGCCGGUACCACCACCAGCAGUGCGUACAGCUACACACUGGAGCGUCAUGUGUGUCUGGGUUUUGUGUCUCCUCCUCCGGGCCCAGAGGGGCUUCCAACAGCCAUCACUGCAGACUUCAUCAACAAAGGGGAUUAUGAAGUGGACAUUGCAGGCCAGCGAUACCCAGCCAAAGCCAAACUUUAUCCAUUCAGUUCACUCUUCACUCAACAAAAACGCCGCAAAGACGAACUGGAACUGGGAAACCUUCAGGGAAAAUGA